AUGUCAAAUGACUCAAACAUAAUGAACGGUCGAGGAGGGGCUCAUGCAGGAGGAUCGACUUCCGCGUCCAACGGACCCAGUGCCGCAACUGGAGUUGGGGCUGGGCUGGAAAGGACAGCCAGUGCGGCGGACUCAGAGAGACUUAUACCCAGAGAUGCAAGGAUCAUGGCUUUAUUGCUGGCUUCCAUGGGUAUCGAAGAUGCCGAGCCCGCAGUGCUAAGCAUGCUGCUUGAGUUCUCGCAUCGUGAGUUCCCAUGCUUCCCAUCCCUUCACUUCGUUGCGGGCAGCACGCUCGACAGGCCAUGAAUGCAUUUCGAUGGACGCCCGCCCUGCGUCUGCAGCGUCUUGAAACUGACUUCAACGACUUCGUUCCUGUGACUUUUGCUGCUCUUUGAAUGCAGGUUACGCAGCGAAUAUUCUGCGAGAUGCUCAAAUCUACUCUGAGCACGCUCACUUUUCGACUCGGUCAGGCGGUGUGAACGCUUCCGCUAGCAGCCCUGCAGUGGGUCUGGAGGAUAUCAUGCUUGCAGUCUCUGCCAAAUUGGCCAAUUCGGGUCGAGGAAGGGGCGCAGCAACAGAAAAGGAGGUAAGCGACUGUGCACGCUCAGCUGGCUGGCUGGCUGGCUGUCUGGCUGUGGCGGAGUCAUAAACGCCAAGUUGCACGAAGCGCGCAUCUCGACUGAUCUCUUCGCUAUUCACCUGUCUCGACGCAGAUGCUCCUCUCUCUCGCAUCCAGCCUCAAUGCCACGCCCUUGCCUCCGAUCUCCGACACCUAUGGAAUCCGUCUCCCGCCUCCUCAGCACACCUUGACAAAUAUAGACUUUUCCAUCAUUCCCAACCAGCCACCUCCUGGCUAUGAUCCGAUGCAGGAGGAAGAAGAGGAAGAGGAAGAGGGAGAUGACGAGGACGAGGACGAGGCGACCAUGGUAGGGGCGAGGGACGAGGAUGCAAGGGGAGAUCGGAACGAAGAGGAAGAUGUUGACGCGGAUGAGGUUGCAGAUGAGAGUGACGUCCGGAGCGCGAAUGAGCACACGCGAGACGAAGCUGGACUUGGUGGGGAUCGCACUCAGGUGGGCAGCAAUGCGGAGUCUUCGACAAGCGCAGCGCAGCAAGCGGAUCCAGCCGUGGUAAUUGCGGCGCAGACGGCGGAACAGAGGGGACUCAAGAGGAGCUUGGAAGAGGAUGACGAUUACGAUUGA